CGCGCAUUGUCCGUAGUAAGCACAUGUUUGUGCUGCCUCCCCAACGUGGAUAUGGAGACUCCACAUCCCGUCACCUGUCCUUAUCGUGCAUCUGCAGCGUCGUGGAUACUCAGGGUGUUGGUGUGGAGAGAGGGUCCUCGUGAGUCUUGCGCUGAACAGACUAGUCAUCAGAGGCUUGGUAUCGAUUACAGGCUGCGGCGUGUGAUAUAGACCUUGCUGUCUCUCCAACAUCCCUCCUUCUCUGUUUGUGAGUAUCCUCUCCAAGGGCAGACGGCAUGGUCAACUUCACUCCCUGGCGGAAGCCGCAACCAGCGGACGCGAGUGCUGAGAGUUCGACUGCCACAUCCACCACACAAGAGAAGGAUGCCCCACGACCAAAGUGGAAUCUGGGGAUCCUGAGCGACCCACAGACGGACGAAGUGCCUGGCUCCGUUAUCCUUCUUUCCAAGACGCACAACCGCAACGAGCCGCUAGGACUGCAACAUGCCCACGCACGCACAUCGGCUUCGUCGCUACCAACCACACAGCGCCCCCAGCCCCUGCGGACUGCCUCGCAUGGCUCCCGCCAGUCGUCGCGUUCGCGACGGCCUGAGAAGAAGCGUACAAAGGACGGCCGCUUCAUUCUGGACCCUCAGCCCGAGGAUUCAGCAAACGACCCGCUCAACUGGGCUCAGGUGCGACGAGACCUCGCUCUCGUAUCGCUCGGCUUCUACUGUAUGGUCGGAGGAGGAAUGACGCCGCUGUUGGCUGCUGGUUUCAACGACGUGGCUGAGACAUAUGACGUGACGAUUCCCCAGGUGGCCUUGACUACAGGCCUGUACAUGUUGGGACUUGGUCUCGGCAGCGUCGUUGCAUCACCUACUGCCAUCUUGUUUGGCAAGCGACCCGUCUACCUGGGCGCAAUCAUACUGUUCACCAUUUCCUCGAUAUGGUGCGCCGUGUCGCCGAACUACGCCUCACUCGUGGUGGCUCGUAUUGUCCAAGGCUUUGCCGUCUCUCCGGUCGAGUGUUUACCAAGUGCUACCAUUGCCGAGAUUUUCUUCCUCCACGAAAGAGCGUAUCGCCUGGGUAUCUACACACUUCUUUUGCUCGGUGGAAAGAACCUGAUUCCCUUGGUCAGCGCCGUCAUUGUGCAAACGCUCGGAUGGCGAUGGGUGUUCUGGAUUACCGCCAUUGUGGUUGGUUUCUGCUUCUUCCUCAUCUUCUUCUUCGUGCCUGAAACGUUCUGGGACCGAGCUCCCAGGCCAGCCAAGCGACACACUCGCGCCCGCAGUCAGAGUCCAGGAAAACACCAUGGACACUUUCAUCUGCCACAUAUUCAUCAUAAGAAGGCCACAGAUGGACAAGCGCAGCAUGUGUUCUCAAUGCCAGCGACGCCCUUGCCAGCAUCGCCUCUGGCGUCACCUCCUGAGCAGCCUGCCAAACGCCACAAGAAUGCCCAUGUUGGAUUUGCAGAGCCAGAUCCCGAUGAAAAGACUGGCCACGUAGAUAUGACUAACGAGACUGCACGCCAUGCAAGUGUUCCGCCGACUCCUCGCUCCCCGAUGAGCAUCCAUUCUACCCCCAACGAGGAUCCAAGACACGACUACUUUGGUCAGCUCCCGGCAAAUUUGGGGUCCGACCCUGAGAAGCAGGAUAGUCGAGCUGACAGCGGACACCCGCCGUCUGAUCCUGCUGCAGCCGAUCACAUCUCGGAGCAGCUGAGCAUCCACUACACCGACUACUAUCGUGAUGCCCCAGCAAAGUCGUACCGCCAGUCGCUAAGACCGUGGAACGGUCGUCUUGUCAAGGACAAAUGGCUUCGCGUCGCAGUCCGCCCAUUCAUUCUUUUCGCCUAUCCUGCAGUCCUUUGGUCGUCGCUCGUCUACGCUCUCGCUGUUGGUUGGCUGAUUGUGCUUUCUGAGUCGGUUGCCCACAUCUACCGCGAUACCUCGUAUAACUUCACCCCGCUUCAAGUGGGUCUCGUCUACAUCUCGCCUUUCAUAGGUGGCGUUCUUGGUACGGCGGUGGCAGGUCGAGUUUCCGACCUUGUAGUACGUUUCAUGGCGCGCAAGAACGACGGUGUAUACGAACCGGAAUUCCGUCUUCUCAUGGCGUUGCCAAUCGCAAUUAGUACUGUCAUUGGACUUAUGGGCUUUGGAUGGAGUGCAGAAGAAAAGGACAAUUGGAUUGUCCCUACCGUCUUUUUUGGCGUCAUCAGUUUCGGUUGUUCGUUGGCUAGUACGACAUCGAUUACUUUCGUCGUGGACAGUUACCGCAUGUACGCAGGCGAAGCACUUGUCACGCUCAAUUUCUCGAAGAACGUUUUACACGGCUUCAUCUUUUCCCUCUUCUUCCCGCAUUGGCUUGAAUCCAGCGGAAGCAAAGAUACAUUUUUAGCAAUUGGCGGCAUCCAGUUAGGAUGCAUGUUGUUCAGCAUCCCCAUGUACAUCUACGGAAAGAGGGCACGCAUGUGGACGGUCAGAAAGAACUUGAUGGAGAAGUUUUAGAGAAGUUUGAUAGAUGUGACUAUGUGAAUAGAUUGGGUAUGAAUAAAUAAUCUUCUUCUUCCCC